ACCACCCCGCGCGCACCUUCAGGUACCCUCCUGCGCCCUCUGGUCACGCGCGUCUGAUUUUUCUACGUCAUCAACCGCUACAAUCCGGAUACAAAUCUCCGUGUCCGUCCUUGCCUCAGGACGGUGGCUCGUUUGGGACCUUCUCCGGCGCUGGGCGCGAUCGCGGUGUUGAAUGGCCCGUCAGGCAGGCGGGGGGGAAGCAGACGCAAUAUAACGACGGCAGCCGAAAGCUCCACGUGUAGCCGACACUGAGCCGUUGUUUCGUCCUCGUCCGUUCAGUGAGGGAGCCUGCGGACGCGGGGUGCGAUGAGACAAGAUUUUAUUGAAAUUGCUGAGCCUGAGGUGAAGUGUACAAAGAGGAAAAUAUAUUUAUGGAACCAAAUCUUCAGGAAACCUGUGAGGCUGAUACAGAAGAAGCACAAAAAAAAGUUGCAUCCCUAGAAACUGAACAAAGUUCUGCAGACAGCACAUCUCGUGUGAAUAUCAAUGGACUGGGACCUUUAUCCAGUGCUUUUGAAUUGGGUACUGCAGACAAGAGCAGUCUCCAUUUAGGAAAGCGUUGUAUGAGUACUUGUGGUAUUACAGAAGGAGACUGUAAGCACUUAAAAAUAGGGGGCAGUAAAAAUGAGGAUAUUUCGACUGAACCUGAAAUAACCAAAUAUGUUGCAAAAUCAUUGCUUGCUCUUAAGACAUCAGUGCAGCCUCUAAUGGGUGAUAUAAAGGUGAGUCCAGAAAAGGAUUCUGAAACCAUUUUGCCACAAAGCAAUAACAGAGAAAGAUGCAAAUCUGUACACCACUCUUUUGGACUUGCCCAUUCCACAAUAAUUAAGGGUACCAUGAUGCAAGCAGAAAUCUCUUCAAAUAGUACCAAUAUCCUACCUAAUUCUCUACUGGUUUCACAACAAAAUACAUGUCAGAUAGAAAAGCAUUCAAAUAAAGAACAUGUGUCUGAUCAUUUAAAAUGUUCUGAUGUGGACAAGAAUAGUCCAGCCCCAAAUAAAUUGGAAUGCGAGUCUCAGUUCACUCCUGUUAUGUUACCUUUACAACAAAAUAUUGGCAAAAAGAGGGGGAGAUGCAGAAAAACUCAAAAUAACCUGAUGAGUAGUCCAGCAGUUAAUCUUUCUACCAAUGGCAGUUCCAGUGAAAUAGAUUCAGUUCCAGGAUUAGUUCCUGUGAAAAUCCCCAGGAAACCAGGAAGAAAGCCGAAAAGUGCCACAGUUGUACCUGUGAAAGAAAUUCUAAGUCAGAGUAACAUUGAAAAUGGAGGUGAGAGAGAGGCAGAAUGUCCUCAACAAAUGGAAACUGCAAAGAAACAAAGAAGGAGGCCUAAGAACGCGAAAGCAGAGCCUGUGGAAGAAGCAGUGACUCAAACACCAUCAAUGGAGAAUUGUACAAGUGCUGAAAAUGGUGGUGACAGUGAGAUGAGAAUACAUGAUUUAAUGAAGAUUCCAAAGAAGCAAGGAAGGAAACCCAAAUAUGUAAAAGCAGCAUCUGUUGAAGGAGAUGUGCUGCAAACGCCAUCAACCAGGACUUGUCAUAAUGCUGGGAGUGGAAGUGACAGUGACGUUGGAGUGUCUCAACCAAUGAAGAUCCCAAAGAAACGAGGAAGAAAACCUAAGAAUGCAAAACCAGUAUCUUCUGAAGGAGAUGGGCUGAAAAUUUCCUCUGUAGAGGUGUGCAUUGAUACUGAGAAUGGUGAAACCAGUGAGAGGAGAAAGUCUGAACCAAUGAAGGUUCCGAAGAAACGGGGAAGAAAGCCUAAAAGUGAAAUGGUAGCCCCAGAAGAGAACACAGAUACUCAUGGACUUUUGAAACCAUUUGUGCAAACAUUAUUGGAGCAAAGCGAUGCAAAUGAAGACCUAAAAGCAAGUGGACGACCAAAGAGAAGGGCAGCUAGAGCUGCCCUGCUUUACUUGCGUGAAAUAGUUGAGGAGAUAAAGUCACCUUCUAAUAAAGCUGAUGAUGUGGCUGCCAAUACAAAUAGUGAACUGGACCAGUCUCAGUACAGGUUGUUGACAGAGCCUCAGUCAUCCCCAAUGGAAAGAAGAGGAAGGAGGAAGAAAAAAUCCAGUGAUGAUGAUGUCUGUGAUGAUUUGUCAGAUGACAAAGAUUUCGUGGUUUCUGAUGCAGUAACUGAUGAGGAAGAGGAAGAAGAUGACCUUGACGUACCUGGUGCUAUCUCUGAGUCUGAUCUAGAUGAUCCUUCGAAUGAGGAAUGUCAAAAACCAAGAAAGACGCCAACAAAUAAGCAAGCUCGUAGUGCAAAACGACGAUUAUGUGGAAAUUUCGCAAAUGGUCUACCUAACAAUAUAAUGGUACCAGUAUGGGAAGCCACAACAAUUACAAUAAAGCAUCGAGAAGAGCAUCACACCCCUUGGGUAUUUCCAGAUUGGAUUCCUUCAUCUCAGGAAUGGAGUUUUCUUUCUCAAAGUGAAUCACUGAAAUAUUUGCCAAGUGAAACAACUUCACCUUCUUUUAAAAUUAAAAGGGAAGGUCUUCGAGAGGACCUCACAAUUCAGAACCUGAACAGGUUCCAGUCAUUACCUGCUCACACAGAACGUUGGGAUGUAAACUUUUUUGUAGGUGGUCCAGUGUGGUGUCUAGAAUGGUGUCCAACUCCAGAGGGUUCAGCUGCCUGUCAGUAUGCUGCCAUUUAUUGCAACAAAGGAAUGAACGAUAGACAUAAACUAAUGUGCCAGCACGUAGAGCCAACAUUGCUUCAGAUAUGGCAGCUGGGUGAUCUCCAGCAGGAAAAAUGCCCUCAAAUGAAUGCUGCAUUAGCUUAUGGCAUUGCAACAGAUUAUGGAUGUAUCUGGGAUAUGAAGUGGUGUCCUAGUGGGACUUGGGAACUACCAGAAACCACUAGAAAGCUUCCUCAGAUGGCAAGACUUGGUGUUCUAGCAGCUGCAUUUUCUUCUGGAAAGGUUGUUGUCUACAGUUUGCCACAUCCAGAAUCCCUAAAUAUGUAUAAAAUGAAACUUCUAAAAGCUUCAUCUAUACAAGGACCAAUCAUAUGCAAGGUGCAAUGUACUGUAAUUCUGGAAAUUGGAUCCGUUCAGUAUAGUGGGUCUUCUCAAUGUGGACAGUGUUUUUGCCUUGACUGGAUGCCCUCUGAGGAACAUCAAUGUUUGGCAGCAGGUUUUUAUGAUGGUACAGUUGCUCUCUGGAAUCUGAAUUCAAAAUCAUUACUGUUGCGAGUCCAGCAAGGUGACGGAAGUUUGAAAAUCUAUCCCUUCCAUUCCUUUGUUGCACAUGAUCAUGCAGUCAAAGCUAUUGCUUGGAGUAAAGCCCACAGCAAUUUUCUAGUGACAGCUAGCCCUGACAGGAAAAUCAAGUUUUGGGAUCUCAGGAGAACGUACCAACCUGUCAAUGACAUCAAGCGAUACUUAAACACUGAAGUUGCGUGGUUAUUGCCCUGGUGCGGAGUUAUGGUGGCACAAGAAAAUUGCUAUGCAGCGUUUGGCCUCAGUGGAAUUCACUAUUUGGAUGCUGGUUUUCUAGGAUUUAAACCUUAUUUUGCUGCUCCAAGAGCAGGAACUGUGUGGAGUAUUUCUGGGUCUGAUUGGCUAAAUACCUGUGUGUCAGGAGACAAUACAGGAGAAGUGAUAGCUGUGAUCCUUCCAGACUGUAUGAACAAUACCAUGAAUAUCAAGCGACCUAAUGAGCGUCGAUUUCCUAUUUAUAAAGCUGACCUUGUUGAUCACAAUGCUGUCAGCAGCAUUUCAACUGGAAGUUCAAAUCAAGAAGAGAAGGAGACCAAAGUCCAAAAGAAAUCUUCCACGAAGGAGAAAGAUUUAAAUACAAGCUGUGUCGCUGAACCAAAGACUUAUAGUGAGGCAGUUAAGAAAUAUUACCUAAUGUUUGAUGACACUGACCUGAGGAGUUUCAAGAACUUGUUUUCCAGAGGACCUUUUAAGAGAAUGCAGACUGUUGACAAAGAGAAAACAUACCCUGACAGAAUGCCAUUGGAAUCUGUAUACAAGGUCCGUUUCAAUCCCAAUCUGGACGCCCAUGGAUGGGUUCUUUCUGCUGGGCAAUCUGGCAUUGUUCGAGCCCACUGUGUACGGAGCCUUAACACACAUGUCAGCAGGAAGUUGAUCAAGGAAUACCAAGCACAAUUCAGUUCUAUGUUCCAGCCUACAGUAACAACCAAUUGAGAGUCCCAUUGUCUCUAACAUUAUGCACAGUGUAGAAACAGUGAUGCAAACAAUAAUAUGAAGCCACCAUUCUUGGGUUGACAUACCGCCACUUUGGAUUUUCCAAGGAACAAAUGGAGUUACAACAUAGCUGUCACCUACUGAAUCCUGUUGGGGCACAAUAAUUGAAUGAGGCACAGCUAUUCCUGCCUGCUAGGUUCAGCUGUGUAUGCUUUUUUUAAAAGUUUGUUGUAUAGAAUAAUGUCUUAUUUAAAUGUAUUACUGGAAUUCAAUCAAAUGAAUCAGACACAUCGGGGUAAAAAUUUGUCUUUGAUUGCAGACUCUAAAGUGGCGCAAUGAUAUCAGUCACCAUUUGUAUUCGUCCCACCCAUUUAUUGGCUUCAGUGGAUAUGAAUAUUUAGAGAGGAGUAUAAGUGUCAAUGUUAUAGACGCUGUUUAGCGCUGCUGAUCAAAACAAAUUCUGCCACCGGUUUUUCAAAAGAAGUAGUCAAAAAAUUUCACUUUGGUUGUUAUGAUUUUCCUGAAACUUACUUAGAUGUUGUGAGUGAGGAGUAGCAUUGGCCUUUAAUCAACAAAAAAGUUUUGAGACAAAAGUGAAUGUGUCUGAUUUCACAGGAUUGACAGGUUUUUAGCUGCUAGGAACAAUUUUACAAAACCAAUGUUAUUAAAAUCAUGAAAUGUCAUGCAAUUUUUUUUUGCAAACUUUUUUUAAGAAAUUGAACUGAAAAUAGUUUUCCCAGGUUUUCUGCCAUCUUGCUAAGCACCCUCCCUUUACUAAGCUAGUGUUUUGGUUAUAUAAUAGAAAAUCAUAAUAUCUUUGCAUGAAAAUAUUGUUUGUCUGAGAAUUGGUUUAUUGGUUGGUGUCUUGUCUGAGGCAGGUAAAAACAGGUCACAUUUACUUUUAAGAGAAACAAUCAGAUUAAAGUAUGAAAGGACUGAAUUAACUUAGUUAGUUUAUGUGCAGUAAAUAGUUCAGGAUUUUAUAAUUAUACAUACAAAGCAAAAUUUAUAUUUGCAUGGCAAUAACUUUAUUCCUGGUCUUACCUAUAAUUAGCUUUAUAAAGUAAGAGAGUUAUAAAGUAAGACUCUCAAAAAAAUUUGAUUUAUCCUUGUUCUAUGAUUGUGCCACUUCAUUGGUACACUGAAGUUAUAAAAGGUUGGUCUCACUCUGGAUGCAUCCAAAAGGUUCCCUUUAAUUUUGGAUCGGAAGUGUAAUUUUCCUCAGGUUUCAUUGCUUUUCCUUUGAUAGAUCAUUAGUCCUAAGUCUGUGUGCUGUUGGCGUUGUGACCUGUAGUGCAUGCUAGUGAAGAGCUAUGCUAGCUAUCAACAUAAAUGAUAUUCAUAGGAGUAUGAAAUCUAGCAAACAAUUUCCUCUGAAUACGUUAUUGCUGAAAAUUGAUCAGCAUUUCAUGAUUUUUUUAACAUGGCGAUUUGUAAAACAGGCAAUGAUCAAUUGCUCACACUGAGCAUUGCUGUCAUUUCCAUCUUGCUUUUUCAAGUUAAAUAUGCACUAUGUGUAACAUUUGGCUUUUUGGCUAUGAACCUUUCUAAAGAAUGCUUUGAAUAGUUCAUGCUCUCCCUUUAUUCCAUCUUGCAGCUCCCUGCCCCCCAAAAAAAUCCUGUAAAAUUGAUUCAGAAUUUGUAGUUUUUCAAGUUGUUUUCUACAAGUGAUGUUUGUUUUAUAAUAAUUAUAAUACAACCAGUGAUAUAAUUGCCUUUCUAAUUUCUCUUGAAUUUCUGUUUUAUGUUGUGUGUAUUUCAUUUAUUUGCUGUUGCAUGUAGGUUGGGCAUUUAAAGAUCUGUAAAUCUGAACCUAGCUGAUGUAGUUGGAUGCACCUUGUAAUACAACUACCUCAAAACAAUAGACUCUCUGUAAGGUUUCGUAGUCACUUUGUUGUGAAUGGUCAUUGCAAAGCUAGUGAACUACAUAACGUCAGUACAUUUAUAGUCUUUGUUGUUUCACAUUACUACCUUUACCCCAGUUCAAACAUUGUUUUCCAUGUGCAUUUAUUACACAUUUGCACACUGGAAUUGUGUUGAAUAAAUGGAAUGGCCUUUACCAUUUUGUGGCUGAAAUACAUCACUCCCACAUGACUUGCACAGGAAUUGCCUUCUGUAUUGAAAUUCUUAAUUCCCUACGACCAGGACAAAUUAAUAACUGCCUUCCCUGCUAUGGCAAAAUCACAACUCAGUUAUUUUUUAUUGUAGGUCCAGAAGUUGAUAGUGAUAUUGGCACUUCCAAUGUAGAUGCAUUUAAGCUACCAGUUAAGCUUUUUUUCCUCCAUGUAAAGUAUAUGAAGCUAAAAAUUGCUCUAUUUUUAAAGGUACUGCCUAACCUAGUAAGUGACUCUGGGUGAGCAAUGUCAUGCAACAUUUUAUCCUUGUUAUAUGAAUUCCACAUCAAAAGACAUUUGGCUUCAUUCCUGUUUGUAAACCAUUGUAAAAGGGAGUGAAAGCACUGUUAAAAUGUAGCAUGUUCCGAAGAGUUUGGUGGCAUGGAUGUUUUCAUACCAGUGCUUUGUCCUCAAACGUAUCACUUAUAUUCAUUAAUUAAUUUCUUUGUCUUUUAAUCUUGAAUGGAAAUGUAUUCAAGAUGUGCUGUAUUUUAGGUUGCAUAUAAAUAACUUAUUUUAAUGCAAUUCCCACACUUUGCUUUUUCUUUUACAUCUGACCAAAACUAUGGGAAAGCGGUUCAUUUCCAAAUCUUUGACAAUGCUGCCAUGAAAUAAUACUCUCCGUCAUUAUUGCAUUUGAGGGGUGCCUUCCUUGAAUAACAUUAUUUUAUUUUUUGCUUAGCAUAUGUAACUGGAUACCAAAUUUUACCAUUCUGAGUGCAGUGUAUCAAUAUGUAACACAGCAGUGCAGCGAUGUACUAAAUGUCUUGGUUUAGAUUAAUGUACAGUAUUUAGAUUAGUGCACUGUGUUUAUCUGCACUUCCCAUUUUAUAUAUUUCUUUUCCCAAGUCAGCCUUAAAUUCAGAAAACUCCUCUGAAAGUUCAGUCAACAAGAAGUACACUUUUCAAGAUAAUUUAAUUUCCUCUUGCAUUAAUGCAGCUUAAGUCUUGUUUAACUACACUAUAAAGCACCAUAGCUGAACUGCUUUGAGGGAAAUGCUAGAUUUUGUAUUUUUUAUGCAUUCCACGUUGGGCUUUCCCCCACCCAUACGCUGCUAUUUCUGUGUUAAUGUCAUAAUCAAGGCUUGUUUUCCUGUUGGUCAUCCCUUGCAAGUAGUAUGAUUUUUUAAGAGUACCCUGAAGAGUUUAAAUAUUAUAAUUGCAGUUCUCAUCAUGUAACAUUAGUGAAUUUGAUUGUUCAAGAUGAAGAGUGGAAUGAAACUUUAGAACAUGAAUUUAAAACAUUUGACAGAGUGUACAGUUGCUAAUAAGAGUUUGUUAAUUAUUUCUUCUCAGAAAUUAAAAGCUGUGAAUGUGGCUCAGAGAUUAAAAUGUUGCCUUUUGUUAUAAAAUGUUUCAUUUUAGUUUCAUCUGAUCCAUCAUGUAUGUAUAUGCUCCUAUACUUCCCAGUUGCUCCUUUCAGAAAGCCAUAGCCAUUGGUGCACUGGCCAGUUGAGCAUGCAAGUUAGUUACAUAAUAUUUUGCAUCCUUGGGUAACUGGCUUUAAUCAAUCAGGAAAUUUUGGCUUUUAUAAAAAUUAUUUGGGCAAUUAGUAGUUUUGCAGUGCAUUUUCUACUAUGCUUCUGCAAAUUAAUUAGCUUAGGAAGUGCACUAGAACGUGCUAGAGCUAUUAUGCAGCUUGAUUAAAAUAGAGCAGGGUUGAAUUUCUUGACACUAAUUUCUUAAAUAUUUACAUAAUUAUUGUAAAAAGUACCGUUAGUUCUGUAUAGAAAUCUGUGCAUAGUUAGCAAAUGUCUAACUUGAGAACAUUUAUAAUUUGGGAAGUUUGACACACUGUUCACAUGCUGAUGAUUAAAUUUUAAAAUGGUUACCAUUAGCCAUUUAGUCUUUGUAGCUGCUUCUUUUAAAGAAGCUGGUGAGCCCUUCAUAUUGAUAACUAUUCUAUUCCAUCUAUUUAUAACACAGCAAGUCAUUUAUUAAAAUGUCUUGGUGAUACUAUAUUUAUUUAGAAGUGUUGUUGAGUUAUUGCAAAAUGGAUACCUUUUAAGAAAAAUACCGCAUUCUGAUAUCAUAUUGUCUGAUUUAGUGGACUUCUCUCCUGACCAUAUUGUUCUGCAGUGCAGCUUGUAUAUAACAUCUGUUAAGAAAAGGACAGAAUGUGGAAAGAAUUAUUGUUUUUCAUCCACCAGUACAUUUUGUAGAAGGGAAGGAAGGCUUCUUGCUGGUUCGAGCCAAAGCAAAUGCCUGUUUAUUUUGCAGUAAUUACUAAUCCAUAAGGGUAUUACCCAAGGUCAAUUUAUAUAUCCCUUUCAAUUAAUCUUUCACCUUGCUUAAUGUUAUCUCACUUUUUGAUCUUUGUGUCAAUAUGUCUGCCUGUACUUUAGUAUUUGGAGUAUGACUAAUACUCUGAUAUUCUCGGGUUUCAAGUCUGGUUAUGUCAUUUUAUAUUUAAAUGUUACUUUGGUCAUAAUAUGCAAUUAAAACAUUUUAAUUUUUUACUUGU